AUGACAGAGUGCAGAGAGAGAGUGAGAGAGCAAGAGAGAGUGACAAGCAUUUAUCCUUUGAUAAUCACUGAAUUUUCAUUCAGUCUAUUAUUAAACAACAAUAACUACAAAAAUAAAUUGAAAAAAACAAUAAAUAAUUAAUAAAAAUUACAUCAAGAGUAAAUAUUAAGUAUCGAGAGUCAUCAUGACGCUCAUACAUAAGAUGGAAGUAGAUGAAAAAAUUAUGAAAGGUGAAGGUUUUAAAAAAUACUACAUAACUAAAAUUGAAGAAUUACAACUUGUUGUUGCUGAAAAAGCACAAAAUUUACGAAGAUUACAAGCCCAACGUAAUGAGCUCAAUGCAAAAGUUCGUAUGUUACGUGAAGAAUUACAACUUCUUCAAGAGCAAGGUUCUUAUGUUGGUGAAGUUGUAAAACCAAUGGAUAAAAAAAAAGUAUUAGUUAAAGUACAUCCAGAGGGUAAAUUUGUUGUUGAUUUGGAUAAAAAUAUUGAUAUUAAUGAUGUUACACCAAAUUCACGUGUUGCAUUAAGAAAUGAAAGUUAUACACUUCAUAAAAUAUUACCAAAUAAAGUUGAUCCAUUGGUAUCAUUAAUGAUGGUUGAAAAAGUACCAGAUUCAACAUAUGAAAUGGUUGGUGGUUUGGAUAAACAAAUUAAAGAAAUAAAAGAAGUUAUUGAAUUACCAGUUAAACAUCCUGAAUUAUUUGAUGCAUUGGGUAUUGCACAACCAAAAGGUGUAUUAUUAUAUGGUCCACCUGGUACUGGUAAAACAUUAUUAGCACGUGCUGUUGCUCAUCAUACUGAAUGUACAUUUAUUCGUGUAUCUGGAUCUGAGCUUGUACAAAAAUUCAUUGGUGAAGGAUCAAGAAUGGUUAGAGAAUUGUUUGUUAUGGCUAGAGAACAUGCACCAUCAAUUAUUUUCAUGGAUGAAAUUGAUUCAAUUGGUAGUUCAAGAAUUGAGUCUGGUUCUGGUGGUGAUAGUGAGGUACAACGUACUAUGCUUGAAUUAUUAAAUCAACUUGAUGGUUUUGAAGCAACUAAAAACAUCAAAGUAAUCAUGGCAACAAAUCGUAUUGAUAUACUUGAUCCUGCUCUACUUCGUCCAGGACGUAUUGAUCGUAAAAUUGAAUUUCCACCACCAAAUGAAGAAGCCAGAUUGGAUAUUCUUAAAAUUCAUUCAAGAAAAAUGAAUUUAACUCGUGGUAUUAAUUUAAGAAAAAUUGCUGAACUUAUGCCUGGUGCUUCUGGUGCUGAAGUCAAGGGUGUUUGUACUGAGGCUGGUAUGUAUGCACUUCGUGAACGUCGUGUUCAUGUUACACAGGAAGAUUUCGAAAUGGCUGUUGCCAAGGUCAUGCAAAAAGAUUCCGAAAAAAAUAUGUCUAUCAAAAAAUUAUGGAAAUAAUUUCCUCUUUCUCAUUUUUCAAUUUUUUUUUCUUUUUUUUUUUACAUUUGAAAAAAAAAAUAAUAAUAACAACGUUGAUUGCAAUGAUAACAAAUCAUAUUAUUCAAUGUCUUUGUAUUGUAAGAUUAUAACUCCAGAAAAUUAAUAAAAUAUACUGAACAAUAUUAAA